GGACAAAGGAAUUAUCUUGGCUUGGCGGCAUCCAGGUGGAAAUGAAAAAGAAGGUUAUAGUCCUGGCCAGUAUGGCAACUGUACUUUGACAUAUAACAGAAGCUUGUUUUACGAUGCAAUGGCUGUUGUCUUUGAUUUUUCUGCUUUUGAUGCAGUGGUGGGAUUAGAAGGUUAUAAAAGGUUUCCGGAUCAAGUGUUUGUGUGGAACACCAUGGAAAGUCCCGCUACAUUGCGCCAUACACAUAAAAGGAACUUCAAAAAUUUUGACUUUUUGAUGAAUUGGACAAUGACUUAUCGACGAGACUCAGAUAUUUUAUCACCGUACACGAAUCCUGACGUUGUACUUGGGUUGUUGGAUCAUCACAGUGGGACCGAAAAUGUCGACAAGUUACUAGCUACAAAGCAUAACAUGGCUCUUUGGAUGGUUAGUAACUGUCAAAAUACAAAAGGAGCAGCCAUACGUUUAAAGCUUGUUCAAUCUCUAGUAGACGCAGGCUUACCUGUACAACGCUACGGAGGUUGUUUUAACAACAAAGCAGCUCUGGAAGCAUUACCAGCUGAAGAGAAAAAUUCUUUUAAAUUUUAUCUUUCUUUUGAAAACACACACAGGUGUAAAGAUUACAUUACAGAAAAGUUUUGGUACAAUGGUAUUGGGAAUCGAAGGGUGCCAGUAGUUUGGGGUCCAGCUAAACAAGAUUUGCUGGAACUUGCACCCAAAGGUUCUUUUAUACAUUGGGAUGAUUUUGAAUCCCCGGGCAAACUGGUGGAGUAUUUAAAAUACUUGGACAAGAAUCAAACUGCAUACAGGGAAUACUUUAAAUGGUUAGAGUUCCCAGAAGAUACAAAAACCUGGUUUAAUUCAGUCUACAAAAACCUUAGAUUAGUAGGAUUGUGUGACAAAGUAAAAUCUAACCCAAAGAGCAAAGUUAUUCCAAGUAUUGACGAUGUCUUUUUCAAUUCUGAAUCCCAAGAAUGCAUUGGGUAAAAGUGUAUGCCAGCUAACCAGGUGACCAGGUCUGCCUAAAUGUUUCAAAAGUGCUAAUUCUCGAAAGAGAUAUUGCUAAACCAGCCAACCAGGGCUUUUUACUUUUUAAGAUGUGCUAAUUUUUUAAAGAAAAAAUUUCUCUAAGCUUAGUUGCAGAAUUACCUAAAAUAAAAA